CUCAACGACCUCUCCAUCAUACACUCCCCCUCAACAGAUGAGCAACGAGCCCACAAUGACAGACAAGGGCGUGACGGCAUCGGAAGCGCGCAAAGCGCACUACAUGGACCCUGCGCACGCGAUGGACUUUGACAAUCUGCACCUGGGGCACCCGCCGGCGUCGAAGCACACCGUGGGCAUGCUGGAUCUCUACGUGCACGUGUUCGGGCUGGACGAGAUCGCGGGGAGCACGCUUCCGAUUUCCAUGGCGAUCGUCGGGCACGGGUGGGCGAACAAGGCGUCGCAGCUCGAUCUUAUGGCGAGCGGGAUUAUCGGCGAGGUCGCAAGGCUCGAGCGCGAAAGCGGGCGGCGCAAGACGCAUGAUCUGCUCGUUGUGACACUGGAUCAGCGGAAUCACGGACAGAGGCGGAAUAAUAAAGACGGGCUGAGGUUUGAGAACAACCCGAAGCGAUUAAUUCACAUGGCGACCCAGAUCAAGGGCGGCAAGCAAGACCAGCAACUUGUAAUGGAGCUCUUGCCCUCGUUCCUGUUCCCUCAUGCGGAACGCAACGUUACAGACUUCAUGAGCGUAGGGAUCAGCCUCGGCGGCCACAUCACCUGGCGGCUAGUGCGCGAAGACCCGCGCAUCAAAGUCGCCGUGCCGAUCAUCAGCACGCCGAGCGAGACGCUCGGCGACUUCCUGAACCGCACAGACCGGUAUGGCGCGGCGGCGAUCGUGCCCCCCGCUGUCGCGGAGUACUUCUUCACACCGAGCGAGCCGGGCGUGUAUGCCGACGCCAAGAUCCUGUGCCUGCACGGGGGCGUGGACCGCGUGAUCAACUACUCGCUCGGCCACGAGUGGUUCCCCCGCAUCCAGGCGCAGGCGCCGGCGGGGCACAUCGUGCGCCACAUCCAGCCGGACUAUGGGCACGUCGUCACACCCGAUAUGGUUGGCCGGACGGCGGAGUGGUUGUGGCGCUGGGGGUUGAGCGAGUGAUGUACGUCGAGAUGGACUUUUUACGUGAGGACGA